GCGUCGUUAUUAUAUCGAUGGUCUCUACUCGCGCCACGUCGCCUAAUUAAUUUAACGACGUCGUCUUUUAAAGAACUAGCGUCUCUUAAAGCGCCACGUGAGCUAAUGUUUAAAAAACUUCACCAAAAAUGGUGUCGUUUCAAUAACUUUUCUUCACCAACUACCAAAAACGUCUGAAGAAGAAAAAAGUAUAAGUAAAGCAGAGAGAAGAGCAAGGGAGAGGUACUAAAAAUGGCGGUGACGGAGGAGGAGAAGAAGCGGAAUUCAACGGUUGAGAUCUCCGGAUUACGUUUCACGUAUCCUGGAAUCGACGGUCAUCCACCACCGGGAUCGAAACCACUUAUUGAAGAUUUCUCAAUCACGCUUAAUUCCAGCGAUCGGUGUCUCCUCGUCGGAUCUAAUGGCGCUGGGAAAACGACGAUUCUGAAGAUAUUGGGAGGGAAACACAUGGUGGAGCCGCAUAUGGUUAGGGUUCUGGGUCGCUCGGCGUUUCAUGAUACUGGAUUGACCUCUUCUGGUGAUCUCUGUUAUCUCGGUGGCGAGUGGAGGCGUGAUGUUGCAUUUGCAGGAUUUGAAGUUCCGAUACAAAUGGACAUUUCGGCGGAGAAGAUGAUAUUUGGAGUGGCUGGUAUUGAUCCUCAGAGAAGAGAUGAGUUGAUCAAGGUGUUGGAUAUCGACAUCUCAUGGAGACUGCACAAGGUAUCCGAUGGCCAAAGAAGACGUGUACAGAUCUGUAUGGGACUCCUGAAGCCAUUCAAGGUUCUCCUUUUGGAUGAAAUAACUGUUGAUCUUGACGUUCUCGCUAGAGCAGACCUUUUGAAGUUUCUGAGAAAGGAAUGUGAAGAACGAGGAGCAACCAUAAUCUACGCUACUCAUAUAUUCGAUGGCUUAGAGGACUGGCCAACACACAUUGUGUAUGUAGCAAACGGAAAAUUGCAGUUAGCAUUGCCAAUGGAGAAAGUGAAGGAGACAAGCAAGAAGUCAUUGAUGAGAACAGUUGAGAGUUGGCUGAGGAAAGAAAGAGAUGAAGAGAGAAAGAGAAGGAAAGAGAGGAAAGCUAAUGGGCUUCCAGAGUUUGAAACACGGACUGAAGAAAGCCGUGUGACUGGUGAUCCAGCACGGAUGCUGAACAAUGGCUGGGCUGCCGGGAGACUUCACUCUACGGUUGCAGGUGGUGAGGAUAAUUUCGUCUUAAGCUCAAACAGAGUUCUAAGAUAAAUUAAGCAAGAGAGACGUUGGAGCAAAAGUGGAAUAGUAAUAUUUUUACGUUAUUUGUUUUUAACCACGAAUAAUAUUUCUUUUUCUUUUUUUGAACUAUUUGUUACUCUGAAAUAUGAUUUUUUAUAAUUUAUAUUUUAGUUGAUUUUUUUCACAAAAGUAAAUUUUACAUUGUUAUGUUAUUUUUCUGUUAUUUUCUCAAAUGCUUGGAUCCUAAAAACGAGAAAAUAC